ACAGAAUGGUAAUCAAAAUGUUACUGUUGAUUGGCUGGUAAUUAGUGACAUUUAACGGAUACAAGUUACAUAUGUAUAACCACUUUGGUCAUAUUUUAAUUACCAUAUGCUAAUAUGUUAGAAAAGUCUAUAUAUUAUCGGGCCGACGACUAUAUUUGACUUCAUCUAUUGCCAGAUUAUUUAGAGUCACAUUACAAAAAACCAUCAGGACACACGUUAAUUUUACAUAAUUUGAUCCAGUAUUGAGCUCUGUUCAUUCAGUCAUUUCACAAAAUGGUGAAAAUUCUAGUUCUUCUCUUAAUUACGAUAAUUGUGGCUAAGGGUGUACCUUUAGACGACAAUGAGGAUCAGGAAAUUAAGCAGGACGAGGUUCGAACUCGGCCACAGGAGGAAACUCCGUCGCCAGAAGAAUUGCAAUUUCUCGCCGAUUUGCAAGCAGAGAACGGGAAAAAGUAUUCUGAUCUGUCAGACGGGGAGAAAUAUCGCUACUGGAAAAACCAUGUUGACCGAGUGGUUCACUGGUACAAUAAGAUUCAUGGAUUCCUAAAAAAUCAGUAUGAGAAUUUGCGGUCAUAAACUUAACCCGAUAUUUAAAUUUGUAUUUGCUUUGAAAUUUUGUAAAUAAAGUUUUAGUAAGUAAUUUCAUA